GAACUUCCCAAAUCGCUUUACCUUUCCUUGUCCGUAUUGCAGCGAGAAAAACUUUGAUCAAGAAGGACUAGUUGAACACUGCAAAACAUUGCACAGCAUGGAUGCCAAACAAGUGGUUUGCCCAAUUUGUGCGUCAAUGCCAUGGGGAGAUCCAAACUACAGGAGUGCUAACUUCAUGGAGCACCUUCAGAGACGACAUCGCUUUUCGUAUGAUACUUUUGUGGAUUAUGAUGCUGAUGAAGAUGAUAUGAUGGCACAGGUUUUGAUGCGUUCUUUGCGGGAUAAAUGA